UGUGCAGAUAAAAUUCGAACCGUAUAAGAGCAUCCGCAACGUGGCUUAAGAAGAUUCAAGGGAGUGGGAAAACACAUUGUGCGAUUGCGCUAGCAUCUGCAACUUUCUCUAUACUAAAGUUAAGUAAUUGCAACCUCUAACCAAUGAUUAAGAGUUAUUAUCAACUUGACUUGACCUCUGCGACCACCUUUGGGAUAUGCCAAAAAUAUCUGACCUUUCAAUAUUUAUUUUUUCAUUUGAUUUGGGACCUAACACCGACUUGUAAACGUAAUACAAAUAAAAAAAAUAGAAUCGAUUGCUUUCAUGAGUUUUGACCCGAUGCAUCUUGGUUGUUUUUGUAUAAAAAAUCUAGCAUUUAGUUUGUGAAAUUGUAGGCAUACACCUGAUAUGGCUUAUGAAGCUGUGGAUUCGCUGCAACAAACCUUACUCCUAAUCCUUCAACGCGACGAUGAUGUCACCACUUGUACUGUUAAACAACAAAUUGUAUCCAUCCACGACAAAGCUGUUGCGUUGCAGUCAAGUCUCAAACAUUAUCCAGAAAAAGAAACAAUAAGGGAGGUAGCAAUUGCAACUGAAGGGGUUAUUCACUAUCUUUUCUCGUCAGAAUAUCUAUCAAAUCAGAGAUCCAUAAAACCAUAUGACAGAGUUUCAGUUCCAGAUCACUUGUUGCAAGUGGCUAAAAGGCUCGAGUCAACUGUUGAAUAUGUAUUUGAUCACUGCAAGAGCAACGAUGUACGCAAACCAAGUGCUGUUAGUUCAUCAUCAAGAUCUGCACUCAACAGUGGAGUUGAAGAUCUGACGAUUGUAACGGAGCUGAUUGUUAGAAAUUCAAACUGGUUGAGGAGAUUAUGGGGGAUAUUAAAGUCAGCUGGGAGAAAAAAGUCAGCUCCGAGUGAUUCACCAUCAAUACCGCCUCCCACGAGCAUAUAUGGUGUGGUUGGAGUUGCACCUACAAACAAAGAUGUUGUGGUUGGUUUUGAUGAUGAUAUGAUACAGAUGAGGUCUCGGCUCAUUGGUCAUCGCGGACGAAGAGUCCUCCCUAUUGUUGGAAUGGCACGAAUUGGUAAGUCCGAACUUGCUAAAUAUAUUUAUGAUGAUCCACUUAUGAAAUUCCAUUUUGAUAUUCAAGCUUGGGUCACAAUAUCACAAGAUUAUAGUAGAGCAAGUAUUCUCUCACAAUUACUAGCUUCAGUCAAAGGAAAAGUAGAUCCAGUUGGAAGGGAUUCAAUGAAAGUAACUGAAGCAGAGAAGAUUUCAAUUUACAAAAUCUUAUCAGGGAGGAGGUAUCUCAUAGUAAUGGAUGACAUGUGGAGUGCAAAAGCUUGGGAUUGCGUAGAGAGCCUAUUUCCUCACGAUGAUAAUGGAAGCUGGAUCAUAUUAACCACAAGGCUUAUGGAUGUGGUGGCUACUGAUACUGCCCCUUGGGGCUCCAUUCAUAAAAUGCAUUUCUUGGAUGACGAACAAAGUUGGCGAUUGUUCCACCACAAGGUUUUUGGAGAUCAAGAUUGUCCUGAUGAGCUACGUAGUGUUGGGGAAAAAAUAGUAAAAGGAUGUGGAGGACUGCCCCUCUCAAUUGUUAAUGUGGCAGGACUUUUAUCCACGAUUCCUAGAACUCCAGACUCGUGGAAACAAAUUGAGGGAAAUGAUGAGCAGUUGGGACCAAUAUUAUCUUUGAGUUACAACCACUUGCCUCCCCAAUUGAGGAAGUGUUUCUUGUAUAUGUCUGCCUUCCCUCGUGAUUAUGAGAUCCAUGCCUCUGAACUCAUCAAACUUUGGAUUGCUGAGUGCUUUAUAGAAUGGGGAAAUGAAUUUGUAAGCGUAGAAAUGGUUGCGGAGAAGUGCUUGGAGGAUCUGAUCAAGCAAACUCUAGUUUUGAUCACUUGCUGGAAAAGUGAUGGCAAAAUCAAAAGAUGCAGGCUGCAUAGUAUGGUGUGGGACUUCUGUGGGAGACAGGCCGGGGAAGAGAAGUUCCUUCUUCCUGUCAUGGACUACUUCCCUACUCCUAUCUUAAGAAAACAUUUUCUUCCACAAGUCCUCCAAAAUCAUCCACGCAUAAGUGUUAGUUGGCAUGAUCUACGUCUUAGAGAAUCCACGCAUAGCUCAUGUACCACUUCUAUCAUAUGCAUCCCGCAAAGAGGGUAUAGGCCCAAAUGCUCUGUACAAAACUUUACUUCACUUAGGGUCCUUCAUGUUUUACGUAGAGAUGAUCGUUUGUAUUGGGAACUAGGUCAAGUUUUUAAAUUGAUUCAUCUCACUUACCUUGCUUCCAACAUUCCCGAUAGUAUUGUCCCUCCAGCUAUAGCAAAGCUUCGGAAUCUGCAGACUUUAAUAAUUUAUAGAUAUGGGGUUCAUUUGCCAGUGGAGAUUUGGAAGCUAAGGCACUUGAGACAUCUUAUCGCCUUCUCAUUCCGUCCUUUACUCCUUCCUGAAAGAGUAACUCUUCCUCUAAAAAGCUUAAAAACGCUUUCUGUGGCAACAAAUUUUGUAUGUAGUAGAGAGAUGGUGGAAAUGAUCCCAAAUAUAAAUAAGCUGGGAAUAUUCUACUCUGAAGAGAAGUUUGAUGCAACCUAUCAUUUUGACUAUCUUAUAAGUAUGGUUCGACUUAAGAAGCUAAAAUUGGAGAAGCAUAGUUCAUUUGUGCCUCGUCUGAAUUUUGUUUUUCCUCAUUCGCUGAAAAAGUUAGAACUGAGUGGCAGGUGGAUUUCUUGGAGUCAUAUGACGAUUGUUGGUUCAUUGCCUCAUCUUCAAGUGCUGAAACUAAAGAAAUAUGCUUGCGACGAGGAACAAUGGGAAACCAUUAGGGGGGAAUUUCGUAUGUUGAUACAUCUGCUUAUUGAUGAAUCAAAUCUCAAGUGUUGGACAACUAAACGGACCCACUUUCCAAGGCUCCAGUGCCUAACGCUUCGUCAUUGUCCGUACUUGGAUGAGAUUCCAUUUGAUAUUGGAGAGAUUCGAACACUUGAACUGAUUGAGAUCGACGAUCAUAACCAAUCUCUUUUGUACUCGGCAAAAAAAAUGCAAGAGGAACAACAGGGACAUUGGAGAAAAGAAGCCCUCAAAGUUGCUGUGAAGCGUUCUUGAUCCUCUUUCAAACUUGACUGUGUGCUUCAUAUAAGAUGCAGAGCUUUGAUGAGGUAGCUUAUCAGAUACUCUACUGAUGAAAGAGGCAGAUAAUUAAAGGUGCAGUGGCCGGUGAUAUUAUUGUGUUAUCAAGUAUUUCUCUUAGUUAAAUGUUUGUUUGGAUUGACAUUCUUGUUUACAUUGGUUUAGUCUACUUAGGUAAAAAAUUAGCUUCUAAGAAUAGGAGUUGGUUAAACAUUAAUCAUGAGACCUCAGAAACAUCCAAAUUGUUAUAUCAUGAUUAGUUUGUUUGGAACGGCUAAUUUGUUUGUCCUAUUUAUACUUUGUUAUCUUUCUUUUUUGUUUAAACAUUGAUUUUCAAGUAGGCUUUGCUUUCUAUGUUUCUUGAUUUUUCACCUUAUCUUUGCCUACGGGAUAGUAUGGAACUGCUACUUUGAAGGGCUGAUGUCCGGUUUGGCCGGUUUUCAAGAGCAUGGCAAGCCCAGUUGGGUUGGAGCCUACCUGAUUUUCUGUUUCUCAGUUUGGGAAGAAGAAGAAGAAGAUUAACUAAUUAUCUUCUUUUUGUUUGUUUGAAUACUUUAUUGGAUUAUAACAUGCGUUGUUGUGUUUUGUAGGAUCUUCCCCUUAAUAAUAAACCUUUGAUACACUACUACCCAAUUUUAUGUUAUGGUGUAGUAUUCUACAGUUGUCAGCCAUUGUUUGAAUAGAUCCAAAGCAAUGAGUUGCUAUGAGUUCUCUCACAAGCAUUCAGUUGUUUAAUUUUGAAAUGGGAGUGCAUGAUAGGCCGGAAGUCACAGGAAUUCAAAGUUCGAACAAAGCCCUAAUUUGGGCUAUUUUGUUGUAGGGAUGAAGG